AUGGUGGACUUCGGUCUGCCUUUCAAAGCCCCCGAGGUCAAUCCAAUAACACACAAGGCACGCGCCAUUCCUUUCUUGAACCCGCUCAACAUGUACGGACGAGUGUUCUUCUUCUCCUGGUUCGGAUUCUUCAUUGCCUUUUGGUCGUGGUAUGCAUUCCCGCCAUUGCUGCACGAUACUAUCCAGGCGGACCUCAAGCUCACCAAGAUUGACGUGGCAAACUCCAACAUCAUUGCACUCUGUGCCACCCUGCUCGUUCGACUUGUGGCUGGGCCUUGCUGUGAUAGAUUUGGGCCACGAUGGACGUUUGCUGCAUGCCUCUUCAUCGGCGCUAUUCCCACGUUCUUAGCUGGAACUGCCUACACCAGAGGCCAGCUGUUCGCAGUCCGAUUCUUCGUUGGUGUUCUUGGCGGCAGCUUCGUACCGUGCCAGGUAUGGUCGACGGGCUUUUAUGACAAGAACAUCGUUGGCACAGCCAAUGCUUUUACUGCAGGCCUCGGUAACUCUGGAGGAGGGGUGACAUAUUUCCUCAUGCCUGCGAUAUUUGAUUCUCUCGUGAGAAGGGGCCUGACCCCUCACGUCGCGUGGAGGGUUACUUUCGUCGUUCCUGGAAUCAUGAUUAUAUCAGUCGCAACUUGUCUUCUCCUACUCUGCCAGGACACUCCGGUUGGCAAGUGGAGCAACCGCCAUGCGGUGGCUCAGACAAACCUUGCCACUCAUGGAAUUCAGACCACUCUUGUUGACGCGCCCACGGGAGGUCUGAUGGACAAACCAACAUCCACUGCUGGACCAGCGCCUCCCACUGAAGGGCCUGGGAAGGGGGAGAAGAUCCAAUACGAUGCUACAGGGGAACGUAAACUCUCUGCACUUGCCGACCGCGAGGCACAGCUUACAGAUCAGCAAAUGCUCGAUACCGCCCGGGGUGAAGUUGUGGUCAAGCCCACUGUGAGGCAGGUGCUGCAAGUUAUGUUAGCCCCUCAGACACUCCUUGCAUUCUGCUACUUCAACCCCUUCGGUGCUGAACUCGCGAUCAAUUCCAUUCUUGGUACCUACUACCAAAAGAACUUCAAGUCGCUGGGUCAGACCACCUCGGGUAGGUGGGCCGCCAUGUUUGGGCUCAUGAAUGUCAUUUUUAGACCGACGGGUGGUAUUGUCGCGGAAAUUCUCUAUAAACGCUUCCCAAAUGUCUGGGUCAAGAAAAUCUGGAUCCACACCCUGGGUGUCAUUACUGGUGUCUUCCUCAUUGUCAUUGGCGUCCUCGACCCUCACAACACCAACACCAUGUUCGGACUCAUCGCCGGCAUGGCAUUCUUCCUGGAAGCAGGAAAUGGAGCUAACUUCGCUCUAGUGCCACACGUCAAUCCCCAAGCUAAUGGGGUUGUCUCUGACAUGACUGGCGCUACAGGAAAUCUUGGAGGAAUUGUUUAUGCGACUGUGUUCCGAUACCACUAUACCAAUUACGCAAAGUCUUUUUGGAUCAUUGGCGUGAUGACGAUUGCUAUGAACUUGGCCGUGUCUUGGAUCCGGCCAGUUGCGAAAAGCCAGAUUGGCGGCCGAUAA